UACACACCAGCUGAACGUUUCCGAAACCCACGGCAUGUCUAGAGGAUUGUGGUGGAUUAUUUAAACACUAGUUUUGUAAAUCACAUCAAGACGUCUAUGAAGUUUAAUAUAAUGGCGAGAUGACUUCAGCUAUCCUCUCUGCGUUAAACAUUCUCACCAAACCUCUGGGAGAAGGGUCUGUGCACAAUGCUCAACCCUCACACCAAGAGGCUCUUGUGGCGGUGCUGCGAGCCAACAGAGCCCUCCUCCUGGAGCAGCUUCACACCGAGUCCAGCUUCCAGAAGGUGAGGCCGCUGAGGGAGGAGGUGAUGGCGGAGGCAGACUGGUUCUCCAGCGAAACGGAAGACACUGUUUGGGCCUUCGUCCAGGAAUGUCUCCUCCUGUUCCUCACCUUAGCCCGACACCUCUCCGUUGAACUGGAACUCUUCGAGAAGACGCCUCCUCCCUGUGCAGUAAGACAACGCACUGCGGAGACGGCUCCUCCUCUCCCUCCUGAUGUCCUCAGUGUCGCUCAGCAGAAGACGCUCGGCGCUGCUCUUCAGUUUGUGGUCUCUCUGGGUCUCUGCCCCUACCUGGCUCCUGGUGUGGGAGUGCCUCUGGGCUGCAGGUCAGCGUUUGGGGCCAUGGUGGAAAAACUAGCCUGCAUUGGGGCAGUCGUAGUAAGAAGACGCCGGCUUCUCACCACCGCAAGGGUCCUCUUGAAGCUGGCAGAGGUGUCCUCUCUCGCCACACUGGUGUUCACACGACAUCUGGGGGAUGUGAUGGCAGCGCUGUGCCAACUCGGCUACCAACCACAGAGGGCAGAGGGAGGCGGCACAGAGAACGAUAAGGUCCAGGAUCUGAGUGCUGAGGAAGGUCAAAUGUGCAAGGAGGCCCUCAAAAGCCUUCUGGGGAAAGUUUACCAGCCAAUCGUUAUCAAGGAGCUGCUGAUCCUCCAGGGUGGACCCACACAGUCUGCUGCAGUGGGGGUCUCAGGUGGUUCCAGCAGCAGGGCAGCUCGAGGAUCAGCUCCAGCCUGGCUGAGGCGUCUGUGUGGUCAGCUGCUAUCUGAACGCCUGAUGCAGCCUAAUGGAGUCCAGGCUGUAGUCAGAGCCAUCCUGGGAGGAGGAACAGGGGGCGAGUCAGACUGGAAGAAAUGUGAGUGUGUGGCUCGGAUCCUGGCGACCUGCCCUCAACAGUCUGUUUCAGCAGACAGCUACUACAGACAAGUCUGUCCUCAGAUCCUGGAGCUCCUGCACUUCAAAGACAAGCUGACGGCCCUACAGUUCCAGCGUGUGGCCACCAGGGCGUUGCUCUCCAUGGUGCAGGAGAAGCCCAGCUUUGCUCAGGAGUACCUGCUGAGUCCUCUACUCGCACCUCUCCACCGCUGCACCACUGCUUCUGAUGAGGGUUGUUCUCAGACAGCUGUAGGGGAGUGGGAGCUGACUCGUUGUGUUGAGGAUGUGAAUAAGAUCUGGGUGGUUGGAAACAGUCCCUCAGCGUCUCUCCUCAAAGCUCUAGAAGAAGUUCUUCCUGUGAUCUUCACACUCUUCUGUUUCACUAAGCAGAACGUCUCCCACCUACGCGCCCCCUGUCAGGAGAUUCUGGUUUGGUACCUGAGUCACACUGAGCCGUCUGUGGCCCUGCCUGCUCUGAAGCAGCUCUCCGGCCUGCAGGGAGGGAAGAAGAACGAAGUAGCAGCAGACUUCAGAUUCAACCCUGGCAGCGAUGGAGGAGUCAGACUCUGCUCCAGAGAGAGCUGCAGUGACGAGGAUGAUGCUCUGUAUGAGAAGCUGUCCGGAGAGCAGUGGAGGCUGGAGUGUCUGAUGCAGCUGCUGACUGAACUCAAAGACUCUGACCUGCCGGGAGACUUCUUCCUGGACCUACUGCAGGAGCUGACCAGCUGGACAGCUGCAGAAGAUGAUCACAAGGAUGAAGGAGAGUUGGACGUGUCGGCCAUGACGCUCUUAGAGGUGGAGCAGCAGCUGCUUGAUCGAGCCGAGAGGCGAGGACAGAGACUCGCUUUGCUUCAGGUGCUGGCUGUGAUGGUUGAGUCUGUGGAGCACACUGUGCUGCUGAGAAAAAAUACCCAGGUUGUGGACUUCCUGGUGUCUCUGCUCCAGAGGGCCUGUGUGGGUCUGGAUCACACCACUGGUCCAGGUCUUGUGAAUCCAGUAGAGAGUGAGACGCUGAGCAUGGGGAUCGGCCUCGUGGCCACUCUGCUGUCAGGACCUCAGCUCAGCGCAGAGGACUACUCCUCCAUGUCCAGGCUGCUCCCACCGCUGGAGACGCUUUCUCAGAAGCACUCAGAAGUUUUUAUCCAGGAGCUGGCAUCCAACCUCAGAUCUGUGAUUGCCACACACGGAGCCUACCGGCCUGAAAACCUCACUGCUGCUGCUCAAACCCCGAGAAACCCUGAAGCGCUGGAAAAGCACAACAGUGUGCCUUGCAGGAAGAAGCCGAAGACAAGAACUGAAGCUAACAAAGCACAGACUAGUCCUUACUCAUCUCCCAAAGAUAGUGAUUCGAAGAGCAACACGCCAAUCAGACCCCCUGCUUCUUCAGGAGGAUCUACAGCAGGAAGAAGUCCAAAAAGUCAAGAAAGGACUUCUUCCACAAGUGAACCACGGCCCCCUAUCAAGUCCUUCUCUGACUGCAUGCUGGAGGCCUGUGACCCAGAUGUGCCCACCAGAGCUUUUGCCCUCAGGGUCUUGACACAGAUGGUGCAAAACAAAUAUCCAGAGGCCGUCCAGGGCAGGGAGAACGUCCUGAUGCUCUUCUUAGAAAACGUGGAGCAUGAAGACUCAUUUGUCUACCUGUCAGCCAUUCAAGGUCUGGCUGCACUGGCUGAUUCUUACCCUGAGAGGAUCCUGGAAAGGCUCCUAAAGGACUUCCAGCAUGGUCCCUCCCUCCCAACAUCCAAUAAGGAGCGCUCCCUGGAGACCCGCCUCAAGGUGGGAGAAGUCCUGAUGAGGGCGAGCAGGGCGAUGGGGGAGCUGGCGCCUCAUCUCGGCCGUCCUCUCCUGGGCGUCUUCCUUCAAGGAACCAGGGAUCCAGACCAAAGCGUGCGGGCGAGCAGUCUGUCCAACCUUGGGGAGCUCUGUCAGAGACUUGACUAUUCCCUGGGAACACUGGCUCAGGAGCUGAGCUCCUGUCUGACUGCUCUGAUAAAGACGGAGAAGGAGGCAGAGGUGAGGAGAGCUGCCAUCCAUGUUAUCACCCUGCUGCUCCGAGGCCUCAGUGACAAAACUACCCAGGUUCUCAGAGAUGUUCUGUUGGACCUGUAUCGAGCUCUGAAGUGGGUGGUCCGCUCUGACCCAGACGAUGUGUCUGUGCUCCACGCCCAGCUGGCUCUGGAGGAGCUCGAUGACGUGAUGAGGAGAUAUAUCUUUCCCGAGCAGAAGCUGGAGAAGAAAAUUGUUGUGCUUCCAUAGAGGCUAAAAGGUUUUUUUUCAGCUGUGUGUUUAUAGUUUGGACUUCUUCCAGGACUUUAUAUUGGAUGUUCUUUGCUUAUGAACAGUACUAGUUCUUAGAAUAAAGUCAAAGUUUGAAGUAUGAGGUUGAACUUGAAGUAAAGAUGUCAUGAAUUAGAAAAAAUCUGACACAGGCAUCAGAUCAAAUGAGAUCCUCAAAUAAAGUUAAGUUUUUUUUUAAA